UGUACUCGUAGAGUCGUCAUCAGCUAGUUGCAAUAUACUGCCUGAGACCGUUACAGUCCCUUGAGAGAGCAUAAUACAAAAGAUACUGACAUUGGAUUCAGACCCACAGGAUGACGUGUCCAACUUAAUUUUACCGUUAAAUUAUAUCCGUACCUUUCAUUCCCUCAUAGCCUUGAGCGGGGACUCAUCCUAGUGCCUCUGAUUGUACCUAAAUUCUUCAGCCAAAGCGACAUGUCAGAGAGGACUAUAUUUGAAGCAGCGAGACAUGGGGAUUGUACCCGUCUUCAGCAACUACUCGACGAUGGCAAAGACCUUGAUGUUAGGGACAGCAACGGGCGGACAGCGCUGUCGUGGGCUGCGGAGGGGGAGAAUAUGGAGGUGGUUCGAUGGCUGCUCGCAAAAAAGGUCGAUGUGAAUGUCAAGGAUAGCAAGGGGCGGACGGCGCUGUUCUGGGCUGUGAAGGAAAGAGGACGUGCGAUCGGGGCUGUGAAGGAAAGAAGACGUGCGACGGGGCCGUUUAGGGCAGCAGGAGCAGGAUUCGGGUCGAGAGUUGAACCGGCAGAUGAAACGGUUGGGGAGUUGCUGCUCAGAGACAACCGUACCAUUGUUGAUUCUACGGACAACGACGGGCGGACGGCGCUGUUAUGGGCCGUAGAAAAGGGGGACUUGGUAAUAGUGGAAGAACUGCUGAAAAGAGAGGAUGUUAAUGUAAACAUUAAGGAUAACAACGGGCGGACGGCGCUGUCGCGGGCUGCAGAGGGGGAGAAUAUGGAGGUGGUUCGAUGGCUGCUCGCAAAAAAGGUUGAUGUGAAUGCCAAGGAUAGCAAGGGGCGGACGGCGCUGUUCUGGGCUGUGAAGGAAACAGGACGUGCGACGUGGUCGUUUAGGGCAGCAGGAGCAGGAUUCGGGUCGGGAGUUGAACCACGGGCGGACGGCGCUGUUAUGGGCCGUAGAAAAGGGGGACUUGGUAAUGGUGGGAGAACUGCUUAAAAGAGAGGAUGUUAAUGUGAACAUCAGGGAUAACAACGGGCGGACAGCGCUGUCGCGGGCUGCGGGAAAAGGGAAUGUGGAGGUAGUGCGACAACUGCUGGGCAAAGAAGGUGUUAAUCUGGACAUCACGGACAACAACGGACGGACGGCGCUGUCAUGGGCUGCGCAGAAAGGGAAUGUGGAGGUAGUGCGACAGUUGCUGGGCAAAGAGAGU